UUAGUGAGUAUCAAAUCUGUGAGAAAUUGCUGUCAGGCAGUCACGUUUCCACGGCAAAUUCGAUUGAUUGACCGAGUGACAAGCUGAGCGGCCGAGAAAGUUGUUGGCCAAUUCACUAGCAGGUCACACUCAAUUACAACAACAACAAGUUAAAUUUCAUUAUCAGCGAGCCGCAAAUGAUGUUGCAUGGACGUAUAUACACACACUUUUGUGUACAUGGUAUAUAUAUAUAUUUAUACUAUAGUAGGUGACAACACGAAAAUGAGGAAGUAAAUGACAAAGGAGAGUCGUCUGGCAAUUGGCUUUGCAGCAGAAGCAACGUUGCAACAAGUAGCAGAAGAACGCUGCGGGCAAAAGCCAUAGCGUUUAGAGCCAAAACAAGCUGCCCGCAAGCCGUUGGCAGCCAAUAGUCGUUUGAUAGACCUCGCCGCAGUCGCGUCAAUUGCUUGCGAACUCACUCAUCGGACUACACUAUAAUAUUAUAGCACGUCUGUCGAAGACAAGUGGUAGAAUCUAAUUGCAAGACAAAUUUAUUAAUUAUAUUAGUGUAUACUGGUGCAUACAAACAUACAGAUUUAUGUAAUAUUAGCCAAGGAAGUUGACGCAAUAAAGCAAAAAAUAUACAAAAUGGUGAUCGAUAUCAAAAUGUGUCGUUUCGAGAAUGUCCCUUGGGGUUUUCGUUUAGUCGGCGGUGCAGAUUUUGAGUUUCCGCUGACGGUUGUUAAGGUCAAUGAGGGCAGCAUUGCCGAGGAGGCUGGUUUGCGUGAAGAUGACGUCAUUGUACGCAUUAACGACACUGCCACCUCGCCGCUGUCCCACGACGAAGCAGACAAGGUAAUUAGGAGUUGUGGAAAUGUCUUCUACAUUGGUGUGCAACGUGAAAGUGAAGAGGAGCCAGUGCCGAAGAUGUUCCCCGUUUUGAGCGCGGAACGUUCACUUACUCCACCAGCCAUAUCCGAUAUGACUGGCCGUAAAAGUCCCAUACCUCGUCAGCUGGCAGUAGAGUCACCGCCACCGCCGGAAACUGAGCUUUUGCCCGAUUUACCCGAGCGCCCAUGCUCGGUGCUGUCGGAGCAAAGCGAAAUUAAAUUGGUGGAAGAAGAAAUCGCAGCAGUGCUUUCCGGCGAGUCGGAGGUGCUUAAGGAUCACAACGUGUUGGGCGUAAAUUUCUAUAGAAUAUUUCCCAAGCCUGGCGUUUGCAUGACCAGUGAUGUGCUGCGUACACUCAAUGAAAACGCUAUCAAAACUAAAGCUGAAAAGGAUAAAGAGAAUAAGAAAUGGUCGACGUUCCUGAUAAAACCCGAUCGUCCUAUUCCUAAGAGCAAGGAACAAAUCGAGGCGGAGCGUCGAGCAGCCAAUGCUUAUAAAGUUCAGAUUGUGAAGUCAGCACCAAGGUCACGAUCGGUUUCACCGAUGCCAAAUCCACCAGAGCCUGUAACGCCAGCUGAGCCAUUAAUUGAAGAAAAACAGCCCACACCACCAAAAGUCGAGGAAGUUGAGGAACCACCACCAACCGACAGUGAGCUACCGAACUUGGUGGAGGUAAAAAUUGCAGUUGAACCGCCAGUUGAGGAAAAUGAAAAUCUACAGCUUGAGGCUGCAAGUGAGCAGAACACAGAAGAGCAAGAAAGUGAAGAAGUUGGAAGUAAGUGUGAGCAACAAUCACCACCGGCAGAGGCGGUGUCAAGCGUCGAAGAGAUAGAGGAAAAGGACAUAGUGGCGAAUGGGGAUGAAACUACAAAUAAUGUUGCUACCUCAGCAGCAUCUGACAAUUCUUCUUUGAUCCAACGUGAAAAAACCGAAGAAGAGCUGGCACUUGAACGCCAAUUGGCCGAUGUGCAACGCCAGUUAGCUGCACUUUCCUCUUUACCCUCGACCAUUCAGUCGACACUCGAUGCAGUCACAAAGCAAUUGGCAAGUCUACUGCCCGCUUUCCAGUUGCAGACCACGGCCCAGACACAGCCGUCGCAAUCUCAAGUGACUUCUGUUGCUGCAGCUGAACCGCGCUCUAUUAGUUUGGAAAAGAUUGAUGAAAGCGCUGAAGUGGCAAAAAUAGAGAAAGAAGAAGAACAAGCUUCGAAGUCAGCUAGCAGUUUAGAGAAUUCAGUGGUUGCCGAAAAAGAUUCGGAAUCUCUUGAAGCUGUUAAAGAAAACAUCGAAACCGAUACGCCCGUUUUGAGUGCAGUCAAACAGCAGGAAGCCAAACAAAACAAAGAGGAUAGACAGCAAAUGGAGGAAGAGCAAGAUGUAAAGAAACAAAAGCGGAGCGAGGUAAUCGAGGAACUUGAAGAACAGUUGGAGCGCAAAUCCAACCCUCGUCGUUCGAAGCGUGCUUUCGGUCCAUUGACACCGUCUUCUGAGAGACCACUGGUACUGCCGGGCGGUAGGCGUUGGUAUAAACCUAAGGAUGCAUACAACGAUGAAUUUAUAGCGGAAACAUUGAGUGCACAGGCAGAACUCAUCACGGGCACCACUUUGGGUUGUACAUUUGAAAGUCCACUGCUCGCCUACGACCCCAGAGUCAACUUCAUGAAGUAUCAAAAGCCUGAAAAGAAAAUCGACUUGAAUAGAAGUGAAGUUUACAAAGUAAUUCAUCACUUGGACCGACAGCCAGUGCGCGGCAUUGAGGUUCGGCCACCCGUGGUGCCGGCUGAAGUGGAUAUAAGAAAGGUGGCAUUGCAACCGUAACCUGCCACACCCGAAAGCGGUCGCGGCCGGCUACAGAAAUGUGGUUCGCGCAGCGGAGUGGUAGGAGCAACUGCACCACUACCUUCAGCGCCAACUCUAACCUCAACCCUCAGAUGUAUGCUAAUAUCAAAACCAUGUUUUCGCUAAAACACAACAAAAUCGAGAGAAUAGAAAGAAGAAGUUGCCGCAAACCGCAAACUGAUGCGUGCUUCCAACAACCAGCAACCAGCAGCCAAGCAACCAACCGCUCAGCCAUAUUCAUAUAUAAUAUAUGAAUAUAAUAACGUAUACACGUAAAUAAAUAUAAAUGUAUGAAAAUAUAAGUAUAUAUAAAUAUAUAAAUACGCAACCGCGAACCUCAAAUACCCAAAUGCCUCCUCCGCAUCCUGCGCCCUGCGUCCUGUGCCAAUGCUGAUUUCUAAUUUAACUUUUAUGUAGAGGUAGUUACAUAUAUACAUGCAUACAUUCAAGCAGAUAACCAUAUUUUGCUGCCUGAUGAUGGCAUAACAUAUUUAAUGUUUUAAUGUAAAAAGGAAAAAAAAUCUGAUUUUAAUUUACUUCGCAUU